GGCCACCCCCGGACAUUUGAAAACCGUCAAUUUUUUCUGCUUUGGGAACAAAGGGGGAAAAAGCGAACCUCACGGGGAAAGCGAAAAAACAAAAAGUCAAAAAAACACACACACAUAGCUAACACAAAAACGAUCGAGAAAAUAAUACAAAAAAAAUUAAGAAGCACGUCCAAUCAAUAGGCGAAAACAUAAUUGACCAGUGAACUACAAACUUGCUUGGUGGUAAAAAAUUAUUGCUUUAGUGUGAAUCUGUGUCUGCUUGUGAUCUUUUGAUGUUAAGGAGAGAGAAAGAAGUUUGUUGCGUAUAAAGUACAACAGGAAGAUGAGCGACAACUUCACAGACACCAAUAACUAUGCCAAUAGGCUCAACAUGCCUGCAAAGGCUUCGGUGUUUAACCAUCCAUCUCUGCCACCGCUUCAACAACGGGGAUUGCAGCCCAUACAGCCACAACCACAACAGCAACCACAACCACAACAUCAGGUACCUAUUCAACCCCAACUGUCUGGACGCUCGAAUUCCGGAACGCCGUUACCGCCAAAGAAACGGGCUUCAGCAGAUUCGGGCUCUUCGUCAAACGGCCAGCAGCGGAAGAAGUCAACGGUGGGUAAGAACCAGGAGGACAAGCUGAGUACACUCGCAAACGUGGCGGCUCACUCUCCAGGAGCAGAGCAGCACCAGCAUCAACAGGAGCAUCAACAACUACAACUACAGCAUCAUCAACAGCAGCAGCAGCAACAACAACAGCAGCAGCAGCCGCAAAACAAGGGCUCCUCUCAUCAGCAGAAUGCUGGACAUAGGCCCGUAACAUCAUGUACACACUGUCGUCAACACAAGAUUAAGUGCAAUGCCUCAGAAAGGUUUCCAGCGGCUUGUGCACGGUGUGAAAAGAUGGGAUUGCAAUGUGAAAUUGAUCCGCAGUUUAGGCCUCGUAAAGGGUCUCAAAUUCAAAGUUUGAGAAACGACGUUGAUGAAUUAAAGCUGAAGAUUGAAUACCUCCAGAGAAAUGAAUCUUUGAUUGCACAGGCAUUGGCAAACCAACAGGUUGCAAAACAACUCCUUCAAAAUGAUCAUACCCCGCAGAUUUCUUCUCCUUUGAAUACUCAUUCUCAGGAAGGCUCGGGCUCUCCUUUAAUGUCUGCAAAGACAGUAUUAACCAGGGAACCUCAUUUACUCAUGGAUAGAAGAUCUGACUCAAACACAAGACAGUCUGCAUCUCCAAAUUCCAUUCCACAGCUUCUGAACGAUUCUGCGCCAACGAAUAGUGACCAUAAGGAUCUCCCCCCUUAUUUGGAAAUGUCUGUACGGGGCAACUCCCCAGUAACUCUAGGUACUGAGACAUCGCAUAAUUCGCCUGUUUCUCAACGGUCCGGAGUCUCAACAGGCUCUAAUAUCGCCGAAUUUGUGUUGGGUGAUGUUAAUUUGCCUUUGAGCAAGGCUAACGAACUGCACGAUAGAUUUGUGAAUGACUAUUUGCCAUUCUUCCCAAUCAUGUCGUCAAAGAGUGCUUCAGAACUGUACGCUCAAUCACAACUAUUAUUUUGGACGGUUUGUCUCACUGCAUGCUUGUCAGAUCCAGAACCAACUCUUUACAACCAGUUGUCAUCGUUAAUCAAACAGCUUGCCAUAGAAACUUGCUGGAUCAGAACACCAAGAUCAACUCAUAUCUCACAGGCUUUGUUGAUACUGUGUAUGUGGCCAUUACCGAAUGCAAAAGUGCUGGACGAUUGUUCCUACAGAUUUGUGGGUCUUGCAAAAAGCCUAGGUUAUCAACUAGGUUUGCACAGAGGUAAAUUCAUGAGCGAAUUCUCAAGAACUCAAGUAUCGUUACAAGACGCUGAGAAGUGGAGAACGAGGACAUGGCUAGGUAUCUUUUUCAGUGAAUUGUUCUGGUCUUCACAACUAGGUAUACCACCAUCCACGCAAACGGAUUACCUCGUUGAAAAUGCAAGAAUUGAUAAAAAUUUACCAAAAAACUUUAGAUCGUUGAUAUCUCUGUCAAUUUUCCAAGCUAAACUGGUCAACGUUAUGGGAUCCAGUGUUACUAGUCCAGAUGGGUUGAUGGAAGCUAGAAAUAGGGCAGGCUCUUUGGCAAUUUUGGAGAGAGAACUUGAGAGACUUGUGUUUAAACUGGAGAUUGAUGACAUAUCUGUUGAAAUCUAUUACUUGUAUGUCAAACUCACAGUUUGUUGUUUUGCAUUUUUACCUGAAACUCCUACUGAGGACCAGACCAAAUAUGUUACGGUGGCCUAUAUAUCCGCCACCAGAGUUGUUACACUGGUUUCAAAGCUUUUGGAGAGUAAGAAUUUGAUUGAAUUGCCUAUCUAUAUUAGACAAGCGAUCACAUAUUCUGCGUUUAUCUUGUUCAAACUCCAUCUGACUCCAUUGUUAUUGGAUAAGUACAUUGACUCUGCUAGACAAUCCAUUGUUACUGUCCACAGAUUGUUCAGAAAUCAAUUGUCAGCAUGGAAAAACGUUGAGAAUGAUAUAUCAAGAACUGCACAGGUUCUGGAGAAAUUGAAUUACGUACUUUUCACCCAUCCAGAAUUAUUUUCCGAUCACGAAGGUAUCAUUACAAAGAUGAGAUCCCAUCUGACAGGGUCACUGUUCUAUGAUUUGGUCUACUGUGUCCAUGAAGCAAGAAGGCUUACUUUAGAGGAACAGAAGGAGGGUAAAAAGAAUUCUCCUGAUUUCAGUGAUAAAAAACGUCCAGUUCCUUUACCAUUCUAUAAUCAGAUCAACAAGGAUGAUUUCCAAACAAUCACCACUACGACCCCUGGAGGUACGACAAUCACCACUCUUGUUCCUACUGAGAAUGCUAUGACAAGUGCUACAGCCGAUGCCACGGCUGCUGGAUUGACUAAGCCUACAGAGAUUAAAGGUAUUCCGGUCUCGAUGUUGGAAUCUACCGGCUCCAUUCCAGCAAAUGCGCCAGUUAUAAACACCUCGAAUAAUGGAACACCUAUGACUUACAGUGGAGAUCUGAGACGUAUUGCAAGUAACAACAGAUUGGCUCAGGUUCAUCAAUCACCAAAACUCGAUGCUUCUGGGCCAUCUUUGGGCCAACCUGUCUCUAAUGUCCCUGCCAAUUAUGAUUUUGGUUUAGGCAAUGUUCCAUCUCCAACUGCUGUUAACUUUGAUAUGCAAAAUGGUUCUAAUGGGGGAUCAAGGGCAGAUUUUGAUAACUUCUUUCAGCAACAAGGUGCAGGUUGGAUGGAGGGAAACGAUGAUUUCCUUGGUUGGUUUGACAUGAACAUGGCUCCUGAAUUUUAACGCAUUAUUGAUUGUUUCCGUGUUUCAUUUUCUGUGACUCUUUUUGUAUACAAAUGAUGUGUAAUAGAAUAACGAACUAGUGAUUUAUGUAU